AUGGCAUCACGGGUGGUGUUCUCCAACAGGAUCCCGCUGGCGCGCGCCAUGGAGAACCUCCUGGCCGCGUCCUCCGGGUCGGCUCUCAGGCCGGCUGCCGUCGCCGGCGGCGUCCGCGGGUACAACGCCGGCGCGCCCCUCCGGAGCUACGACCGGGACGAGGCGGUCGAGCGCAGCCCCCGCAGCGGCGCGCGCGAGCGCGACGUCGGCGUGCCCAGCUUCUUCUCAGAUGUGUUCCGUGACCCGUUCAGCGCGCCGCAGAGCCUGGGCCGGCUGCUGAGCAUGCUGGACGACGUGGCGGCGGCGUCCACCGACGGCGCGGCGCGGGCGGCGCCGCUCCGGCGCGGGUGGAACGCGAGGGAGGACGCGGACGCGCUGCGGCUGAGGGUGGACAUGCCGGGGCUGGGCAAGGAGCACGUGAAGGUGUGGGCGGAGCAGAACAGCCUGGUGAUCAAGGGCGAGGGCGAGAAGGAAUCGGACCGGGAGGGCGCCGACGCGCCGAGGUACAGCGGCCGGCUCGAGCUCGCCGGGGACGUGUACCGGAUGGACCAGAUCAAGGCCGAGAUGAAGAACGGCGUGCUCCGGGUGGUCGUGCCCAAGGUCAAGGAGGAGGAGCGCAAGGACGUCUUCGAGGUCAAAGUGGACUAG